AUGUCCGCAAAACCCCUCGAGGAAAUCACCUUCCCCCCCUCGCAACCACACUCGCACACCGUCAUCUUCCUGCACGGCCGCGGCGACAACAUCAAGUCCUUCACGCGCGCGCUGUCCAACUGGCGGGACUCGCGGGGCCGCAACCUGGGGCACGCCUUCCCAUCAUUCAAGUGGGUGUUCCCGCAGGCCCCCGUGCGCGUAGUAGCAGCAUCAGUCGGGCAGCACGCCUUCCGCAAACCCGAAUCAUGGCCGCAGUGGUUCGACGUGUGGAACGUGCGCGAUUUCGCCGACCGCGAGGAGCUGCAGGCCGAAGGGCUGCGCGAGAUGGUUCCAAUGAUCCGCGACCUGAUCGCGCGCGAGGCGGCCCAGCUCGGUGGCCGCUUCGACCGCGUCGUCUUGGCCGGGAUCAGCAUGGGCGCCGCCACAAGCGUGCACACGCUUUUCAACUUGAGCGUGUCCCCCGAGGCCGGCGGGAGGCUGGCGGCGUUUAUGGGUUUCUGCUGUCGCUGUCCGUUUGCCGGCAGGGGGUUGCAGGGCAUGAGGGAGGUGCUGGGCUUGCAGGGCGCGCCAGGACCGGGCGACGACGGGGUGCUCAGGGCCACGCCCAUGUUAUUGGAGCAUUGUGUGGAUGAUCCGCUGGUCUUGAUCGAGAAUGGACGGAGGCUGAGGGAUAUUUUGAGAGAGUUUGGGGCCAACGUUGAGUGGAAGGAGUAUCCGGUCGGCGGCCACUGGUUUAAAGACCCGGAUGGGAUGGAUGAUGCGGUGGACUUUCUGGAGAGGGUUGUUGGAAACACCCAGCCUAUGGCAGCAGCGCCAUCGGGGGUGAUGGACUUGUCCUGA